GCCUUUUCGGCCUCUUCGCCCCGCGGCCCUCGCGGUGAGGGAACCGGGAGGCGAAGGGAGCAGGCCCGGGUCGGCGCCGCAUCCCUUCCGGGGCGGACGAAGCGGCGGAAGUGUCGGGGGCGGCGAGGCGCGGAUCGGUGCCCGUGAGGGGAGCUCCUUGGCCGGCAGCGGCAGGCGCCUGAGAGCCGCUCCCCCCCCCCCGCCUCCUCCUCCGAUGGUCGGCUGCGGCGGCGUCGGAGUCAGGCGGGCCCAGCAGGCGAGGCUCUCCCCUCAGGCCCAGGAUGGCGGCGUCCGGGGGAGCCGGGCAAGAGAAGCAGCUGGCGCCGGCCCUGCUCAGCUUCUUCAUCUACAACCCGAGGCUGGGCCCCAAAGAAGGCGAGGUAAGGGGGCGACUUUGGAGGUGGUGGGGGGAGAGAAAGCGGCCCUUCCGUCUGAGGGGCGAAGGCUGCGAAACUGGGGGGCGUGACGGGCUCCGAAGAGGGAAGCGAAGCGUCCUUAUUGCUGUCGGUUUUAUUGCUCUCAUUUACUCUCCUUCGUUUCUCCCUUCAAAAAAAGAAAUAAAUCGAUUUUUAUUGGCUUUUCCAAAGAUAGCAACGCAACGAGUUGCAAAGCCAGUCUCGGGAAGGAAGUGCAGAGGUGGUUUGUUUUCGCAGAUGCUCAAUGCGGUUAAGCCCGGGUCGAUGUUUAGCUCACGGGUAAACGUCACGUCGGAAAGACGUAGCGCGGUGGCUUUUCCGGCUGCCAAGUGAACACGGGAGUAGACAGAGGGGGCAGAUCCGAGGAAGGAGUCUCUCAGCCCAAAGACUCUAAAAUGACAGGCUGCUUGGCAAAUAGGUCGAAUCAUAAUGUUUUGUUUUGUUAUUAAACCAGAAAGGCGUUUUAAAAUCUUUUAUAUUACAGUGUUGUUUUUUAAAUUUUCUUAUUUUUCAGAAAAGGAAAAGAAUCCUCGCAUUUAAAAAGAACCUCCUCGCAGACAUAGCAUAGAGUUUAACAGUGCAAAACACCAUUUUUGAAAACUUUUUAUAAAGAGUGGCAGGAAGCUGUAUCCUUGAUUAGGCGCAAGAGGGAAGUAAAUUAAUUAAUUGAUUGGUGCUAUUUAACAGUUGUUAAAGUGCCUACGUUUUUCUCUUUAAGCGCCGAACAUAAGUUAAAAUGUAUUUGCCUCUGCCGGGAUGCUCAUAUGCAUACACAUAUCUUUUAAUCACAUUCAAAUAAUUCGAGAAUUCCCCCUUCAAAGGAUUCUGGGAACUGUAGUUUGUCAAGGAUGCUGGGAAUUGUAGAUUCGUGGAGGGUAAAGUAUAGUCUCCAGAAUGCCCUUUAAAUGUGCAUGGUGUGUGUUUCAUUUCUAUUGCAAGCCUAUCUAAUGCAACCAAUGCAUCACCAGGUUUUGAGACUUUAGGUUGCAUUGUAGGGUGGAGAUGGCAGUAGGACAAGAUCCAGGUAUAACAUUUACUUAAACCUGGAUCUUUGCGGUAUUGUUCAUUAUUUAUUUAAGAUGUUUUAUAUCCUACAUUCUAAGAGAGUGUGCUUAGGUGACUAGGAAUAAAUUCAUAAGACAAAUUCAAAUUACAUUUAAAAAAAACUUUAAUAUGGUCAUAAAAGAGUACAGUGGGCAGAUCAGUUUUUUAAAAAGCAUUGAUGAAUGAGUGGCGGGGGGGGGGGCUAAACAAAACUGUCUUAAGCAGAUAAUGGAAAAUGGAAAAUGAAAAGCAAGGAGACCAGACAAACCUCCCAUGGCAUAGAACAAUGACUAUCCUUAGAUGUGGUAGCAGUCCACAGUAUUAUUUCUUAACUUUUCUAGGCAUUAUAUAUACAGUGGACCCUCCGGAUACAAAUUAAAUGCUUCCGGGGGUCCGUAGUUAACCUGAGAAAUCCGUAACUGGAGGUGCCGCUUCUGCAUACGCGUGCGGUGCGCACACAGAGCGCUUCUGAACAUGCACGCAGCACGAUAGAGUGCUUCUGUGCAUGCGUGCGGCACGCAGAGUGCUUCUGCGCAUGUGCGCAGCGAAACCCGGAAGUUUUUCCUUUCUCCUGUGAUGAGACUGCAUUUUAAUUGUUUUAAUGUUGUAUUUUCAUCUUGUUUUUAAGUUGUAUUCAUUCAGCUCGUUUUUAUUAUUGGUUGUUAGCCGCCCUGAGCCCGGCCUUGGGUGGGGAGGGCGGGGUAUAAAUAAAAAUUAUUAUUAUUAUUAUUAUUAUUAUCAUACACUUCUGGGUUUGCUGCGUUUGCAACCCAAAAGUUACGUAUCCAGAGCAGUACGUAACUCGAGGGUCCAUUGUAGAAUAAAAAAGGGCAUCCUAACCUUGAAUCUAAAAGACAUACAAAAGGUCCUGCUAACAGGCUUUCUGUAGGCAUCUGGUUGGGCCAUGGGGCUGACACAGAGGGCCACUCUUACAGCUAUGGUCGUACAGAUGACCUUCUGACAGCCACAAAAAUGGGAUGCUUUUGUAUCUAAAGAGAUUGUAUUGGCAUUCCACAUGGAAGUUUCCUUUCACUUCGACAACUGUGGAUGUACCUAUACUAGUUGGAUAAUUUUGUCCUGAAUAAAUAACUCCUUGUCAUCUUCACCUAUCUUAUACAUGUGCAUCUAUAAAUUCCCAGGGCUUUAAAAAAUGUUUCUAAUAGAUGCACUGUAGUAAACAACAAAGUAAAAUGCACACUGGAUUUGGCAGAAAGGCGUUUUUUAAGGAUUUGGCUGAAUCCUUAAAAUGGAUUACUACGAAAGGCAUACGUACUGCAUUUACAAUGUGAGGUGUCAGGACUUAAUUUAGAUAACUUUAUUUGAACAUAGUUAUUUUGUAUUAAUUGUUGCUGUUUACUUUUCUAACUUCAGGAAGAAAAGAAGAUUCUUUUUUAUUACCCCAAUGAAGUUGAAAAGAAUGAAAAAAUUAGAAGUGUUGGUUUAUGUGAAGCCAUAGUUCAGUUCACAAGGUACUAAGUUCCACAUUUUUGCCUAUCCCAUUUAUUUAUGAUUUAAUUAUUUAUAAGGCACCUUAAAUGUGUUAGGUGCAUUUACAAAUAAGCUUUAAAAAGCAUGUUGCUAGGCAAUCUGGUAUUAUACUUUUAUUAGUUGUAGGUUGUCAGCCAAUUUAGAGAAAUCUUAGUCAAUUAAUCAUGUAAGUUUUAUUUUAUUUAUUUUUUGCUUUUAUAGCAUGCCUAUCCUCCAAGGAGCUCAAGGUGGCAUAAAUGGUUCCUGCCCCCCGCUUUUUAUCCUCACCUUGUGAGGUAGAUUAGCAUGAGAGAGAACGACUAACCCAAGUGAGCCUUGUGGCUGAGUGGGAAUUUGAACUUGGGUUUUCCUAGACCUAGUCAACACCCUAAUCAAUAAACCACACUGGUUCUCACACAGAUUAUGCUUACAUAUUGACAAAACAGUACUUCUGAAACAAGAAGCAUGCCUUUUUUGUUCUUUGAUGAUGCACCUAUGUGUUUUAGGAGUCACCAUUUAAGAAGAAGCAAGUCUUCUGUUCAAUUAAUUGGAGUAUAUAUUUAGACUUUUUAUUUUAAAAUCAAUUAGUCAAUUAUAUGUUGCAUCCCUAGUUAAUAGGUAAGGGUUAACACUCCAAUAUCUAAAGUGUUCAUUCAUGUAAUAUUUUACUCUUUUAGGACCUUUAGUCCUUCAAAACCGGCAAAAUCUCUACACACCCAGAAAAACAGACAGUUCUUCAAUGAACCUGAAGAAAAUUUCUGGAUGGUUAUGGUACCUAAAUGCAUGAUACUGUUCUAUUAAGCAUUUAUUUAAGAUUUAUCACAGCUGCUUUGAGUAUUCUAAAGCGGGGAGAGGAGCCUUCUGACUUUACAUUGGGAGAAAGCACAUCUUCCCCUUUUGGACAUGAAUGGAAAUAUGGAGAGGGGACACAUAAUUUGCUUAUGUUUCCCCUCUCAUUGCUUAUUUGUAAAUGAUUCCCACAGGGGCAUCCCUACUAUUGGGUAAUGUGUGGCAGCAAAAUUGGGUUGUCAUGAAAGGCUGGCAGAUUGUUCAUUAUUUAACAUAUUUUUACUGUACUUUUAAUGGCAAGGAGGAAGAGAGCUGUUUGUGGAAUAAUUAUCUCUGGUACCAAAAUAACUUGACUUUCAUUGGCUUGGGAAGUGGGAGUGAGGUGCAGAUGCAGGGAAACCAUUUGCUGCUCUACCUCAGGCAGCAAAAUGUCUUGAACUGGCCCUGAAAGUAUCCUUGCACCAUAAUCCAGCUUCAUAAUUAGCUUGAGGCUAUCCUGUGAACCAUAUAGCUAAGCAAGGAUUAAAUCUACAUCUCCAGUGUCCAGAUAUUAAACAUUGCAUGCCACUAGCACCUUCUCAAAGACGACAUGAAAUUAUGCUCCUCAAAUACUGUAGUGUUUUGGAGAUUAUGUAGUGGAAGGGAAGAACUUGAAACAGCACAAUUAUUUUAUGCUUUUCUAUAAGUAGUUAUACUCAAAAGGCCAUUUGGAAUAGAAAAAAAGAACAAAAUCAAUUACAAUUUGCAACACUAAGGCUUUAAUAUGCUACAUUUUCCUGGGAGUAGGUUCUAUUGAUCUCGGUUCUGCUGAUCUCUAAGACUGCAUUGUAAAACAUCAAAAUAAACAAUAAAACCAUGCAAUUAAAACAAUUGAAAUUUGAAAUACUUUAUUGUCACUUGUACAACUUGUACACAGUGAGACUACAUGAGCACCCCCCACUCAGCUCUCUUAGUCUUAAUUCCCCUCGUUUACUGACGCACACACACCAAACCCGAAAAUCAGUUGCCCUGUUGUUAUCUUUUCAUUCAGCAGCCUAACAGCCCACGGAUAGAAGCUGUUCUUUACCCUGUUGGUGCGACUAAUGCUUCUAUAUCUUCUGCCCAAGGGCAGGAGAUCCAGAAAGUGCCGGCCAGGGUGUGAAUCAUCCCUGAGAAUUUUCCUCACGCUCCUGAGGCAACGUUCUUCCGCUAUUUCAUCCAGCGGAUUCACGGGACAGCCCAUAAUAUCUUGUGCUGUAUUUACCACUCUCUGUAGUCACUUCCUAUCAGUUGAUGUCAAACCAGCGUACCACACCGUGAUGCGGUAUGAAAGGCCAUUUUCUAUUGUUGACCAGUAGAAGGAGAUCAAAUUAACACAGCAUUCGGAUAAAACCAAAUAAAAAUAAAGCAGCAGGCAUUAAAAAUGCUUUGAACUAGUAGGUAUCCAAAGCCUGUUUAAAAGUGGGACGAGAGGGAGCCCAACAGACUUCUCUGUUGGGUUUGGGCUGGGUGUUCAUCAGUAUGCAGAUAACACCCAGAUCUACCUCUCUUUUAAAUCAGAACCGGUGAAGGUCCUGUGUGAGUGCCUGGAGGCGGUUGGAGGAUGGAUGGCAGCUAACAGAUUGAGGUUGAAUCCUGACGAAACAGAAUUACUGUUUUUGGGGGACGGGGCGGGUAGGUGUGGGGGAAUCCCUGGUCCUGAAUGGGGUAACUGUGCCCCUGAAGGACCAGGUGUGCAGCCUGGGAGUCAUUUUGGACUCAGCUGUCCAUGGAGGCGCAGGUUAAUUCUGUGUCCAGAGUGGCUGUCUACCAGCUCCACCUGGUACGCAGGCUGAGACCCUACCUGCCUGUGGACUGUCUUGCCAGAGUGGUGCAUGCUCUAGUUAUCUCCCGCUUGGACUACUGCAAUGCCUGAAGGAGCGUCUCCACCCCCAUCGUUCAGCCCGGACACUGAGGUCCAGCGCCAAGCACCUUCUGGCGGUUCCCUCACUGCGAGAAGUGAGGUUAUAGGGAACCAGACAGAGGGCCUUCUUGGUAGUGGCGCCCGCCCUGUGGAACGCCCUCCCUUCAGAUGUGAAGGAAAUAAGCAGCUAUCCUAUCUUUAAAAGACAUCUGAAGGCAGCCCUGUAUAGGGAAGUUUUUAAUAUUUAAUGCUGUAUUGUUUUUAACACUUGAUUGGAAGCCGCCCAGAGUGGCUGGGGAAACACAGCCAGAGGUGGUUGUUGUUGUUGUUGUUGUUAUAUGAGGCCAUCACCAAAAUUGCCUUGUGCCUGUGGUGACAAUAAAGCCAGUCUUUGGGUUCAUGCAGAUUCCUUUAGGAGAAGGUGGUCCUUGAGGUAACCUGGCUCUAGGCCAUUACAGGCACCAUGAGCUUUAAAAAUUAACACCAGCACUUUAAAUUGAGUUUACACUGAGUUUGGAAACAAAUGGACAACCUUUUUCACAAGUUGCUCAGAGAACUGCAGAGGCUGCUGAUUUGUUACUGGCCCAAAUUGAAGGUGUUAGUAUGCAAAGCCCAUAAGAGCUUGGGACCAGUUUACUUAAAGGAUUGUAAUACCUCAUAUAUAUCUGCUCAGCCACUUGGAUAUACAAGUGACACAUGAUGUUCGUUCCACAUUUGUAACGGUCUUUUAGUGUGGCAACUCCUGUGUUCUGCAACUCUCUGCUCACUGCUCAGGCAGGUGACUUCACUGUAUUGUUUUUGGAACCUGCUGAAUAUUUCUGUUUAGACCAGCCUACCCAGAUAUGUAAAGCUGGUCUGCAUUUUAAUCUGCAACUUUACUUUAGAAUGCAUAAUUUAAUGGUUGAUUUUAUUCGUUUUGCUUUUAUAAACCUGCGUUUAACACUGAUUUCGAUUGGCGAUUCUAAUGUAUCUUCUAUGUAAACUGCUUAGAGGUUUUAUUUACAGUUCAGUGGGAUACAAAUUUAAAUAAAUAAAAUAAUAAAAUAAAUAAAUAAAUAAAUAAAAAUAUAAUAAAUAAAAAUAUAAUAGAUACACUACAGACUUGAAUAAAUUAGACAGAGAGGUCUCCAUUAGUUUGGCUUCAAAAGAAUAAGUUGGUGUCGGGUAACAUAGGCUACAAUCCUACACAUGUUUUCCUAGGAGUAAGCCCUUGAGCACAGUAGGACUCCCGAGGAUGCAUACAUAGGAUUUCACUGUUAGAGAUUUAGUCUCCUUUUUGUAUUUGAUUCUUCUUUUAGUGUAUUGCUGAUCACCUUGAGCCAGCAACUCUAAAUCAAUGACUAACGUCUGUUUUGUUCCACUUUCAAGGUUGUACGAAAUCCCAUAGUAGAAAAACACAAAGAUGGUAAACCGGUUGUUGAGUAUCAAGAAGAAGAGUUACUGGUAAUUAUUAGCAUCGCUUGUGCUUUUUGUUUCUCCUUCCCCACCUGUCCACAGUGUGCCCUAUUUGGGUAUCUGGUUGGAUGGCGCCUUCCAGCAACUCCUGCAGCCAAGCUGGUGCCUAUGUGUUGCUGUGCUUUCUUUGGAUCACAUCAGCAAGGCCGAGAGAGGGGUCUUCUUGUCUCUGUACACAAUGCCCAGGCUUGUGCCCUGGAGAGGUCACUUUGCUGCUGCUAACGCAGCAAAAACAGCGCAGGAAGCAGCAGUUAGAAGUUACCGGUCUCUGCAGUCACAGCAUGCUCUGUGAUUCUCCAGCAGUUUGACUUCACCCCCUGCAGGUGCACUCCAUUGUCUCUAGAGACGUAUACAGAUGCCAAUGACAAAGUUAGAGUAUUUGUGCCCUCUGCCCAGAAUAUGACUCAGGUGGACCUCACCUGAACAGUGAUCCGCAUGCAGCAUACCUGCUGCUGGGAAAAUAUGAGCUAACCUCAGAUAAGGAUCUCUCAGCAAUGGCUAUGAACUUUGUGCAGCAUUUCUUCAACUGUUAUAUGUUUUCUGAGCCCAGCGUUGGCUGGGAAGGGUGGGAUAUAAAUAAAUAAAUUAUUAUUAUUAUUAUUAUUAUUAUUAUUAUUAUUAUUAUUAUUAUUUCUUGGAUCUGAUGUUAUCAGUGCUGCAGCACUGUUUUUCUUGAUGUCUCGACAGAGAAAAGCAAAGUUUACCUUUUAAAUGAUGACCUCAUAGGAUUCUUCUUGUAGUAACUCUUUGAUUCUGGCUAUCUUACAGGACAAAGUGUAUAGCUCAGUGUUACAGCAGUGUUAUAACAUGUACAAGGUAAGUUAGAUAUAUGAUUUUUGUCAGUUUUCAUGCUGGGGUGUGAGAAGCUGUCUUCGCACAUCCAUAGCAGAACCCGAUCAUACCCAUUGAUUCAUGGAGUGCCAUUCUUUCCCAAAGUUUGGGUCACAGAAGCAUCUCUUCGAUGCUGAACGCUUUAUUUACUACAUUCAUAAGCCACCUUUCUGACAAUUGUACUCAUGGAAGUUAAUAAAGAGAGCAACUGUUUUAGGCACAUCCGAUACGUGCUCGACCAUGCCAAACCCGGAAGUGACCCAAAAACGUCACAAAAAGGGUCUUUGCAGGCUUUUCCAGUGGUGUUUCAAAUAUACCCAAUUUCACUUAAAUGCAUGGUGCCUUGGAACAUAACCCCCGUGUAAAUUGGGAGUUGUUUGUAAUUUAAAAGAGUGGCUUACAGUCCGAUAGAGAAGUUAAGAGAAGGAGAAAGGGGUAGGGAGCAAAUUCAGGUAUUAUGGCUUCUGCAGGAAACAGUUCUGGGAAGGGAGAUGCCAGAUGGUCCCACUCAAAGUAACAGGCUGGGUGGGGUAUCUCAGUUUCUUCAAAAUGGCAGCAACAUUGACAUUUUCUGUGAACAUCAAAUUCCUACUUCUGUUUUGGCAAAGGACUGUUGUAAUUAGCUGAUUAUUGGCUGGAUACAGCAUUAGCUUUAUGAUGUGCAAUGUGCAUUUUUCCCCUUUUCAAAAAAUUGCUAACCUUGUGAGACAGCAUUGGCACAUGGAGAGAUAAUUUCAGUGUGCAAAAACAUUUGGGGGUUUUUUGUUUUGUUUUUUUCUUCCUUUCAAUGUGCAAAAACAUUUGGGUGUGCCCGGUGGGAUUUCUUUCCUUGAAGUGAAGACAUCUUUGCAUGCCAAAACACUUUGGAAAGUCUUUUCUUUUAAAAAAUAGCUUGCCAUGUGCUUCUGCACAAAACUAAAACGGUGUGCAGCGCCAGAUGCAGUGUUCUUUAGAUUCCGUUUUGGACCAUUGUUUGGCACUGUGUGGAUAAGCAUUUAAGGACCUUUCAACUCCUAUGAUUUCUGUGAUUCUCCCUCCCUGGUUUGUGGCAAACCAUAGUUUGCAAAUUCAUUCAAAGCUCCCAAAGUUUAGUUUGCCUUGCAAACCAGCCUGCUAGUUUAGCAAAUACUUACCUGUCUUGGCUCAAGUCAUGUAAACUCAUCUCUCACAAACCUACAUAGGUAGUGGUUGCUAUUUGCAUAAUUUGCACAAUCUGCUGGUUAAGGUGUGUGCAGGAAAUGGGGAGGAUAUCGCAGAAAUCUGGUGCUUCACCUUAAUCACAAUCGUUCUGUAUGUGAAUAAGUGCAAUGCAAAUUUAUUGCUCCUAAAGCAUCUAAAAUUAGGGAACAGGAAUUACAGGAUUAGCACUUCUACUUCCCUUGUCAUUUGAUUAUAUCUUGAUUAGUGUAUGUGCUUGUAAUGACUCAGUACUCCCAAUUAUUCCCUCCCGCCCCCCAAUAAUCCUUAGCUUUUUAAUGGAACAUUCCGAAAAGCCAUGGAAGAUGGAGGUGUAAGAGUACUAAAAGACAGACUAGAGAAAUUCUUCCAUCGGGUAAGUUUUUAUUAUCAAAGCAGCAAUAGAGUGUUAGAAUUUGGCAGCUUGUGCAGCACUGGUGGCCUGAUGAUCCAUGUUGUCUUGGGUGUAGAAUGCUCUGAAAGCAGACAUGCCUUGCUGUAAAAUCUUUUAUAUAUAUAUAUAUAUUAAAAAGUUGUGUGCAUCCUCCAAAAUAAUUUUGAAGAAACCUGCUUGCACUUCUGAAACCUUUGCACCCACUUACAACUGGGUGCGAGCUGUUGUUUCAUGAGUGAUGCUAAAAAUGUGUUUUGUUUGUAGUACUUAAAAUGUGAAUAUGACUAAAGACUAGUGGGGAAUCAGCUUUAUUUUUAGCCAAAUGAUAACUGCUAGAACGGAGCAGUUAAAUUUGAGUGAUGUAGCAGACCUGCGUGAUCCUGUUCUUAGGAUCUUGCUCCCUUAUUGCUCUGCCAUGGGAGCAUAUUCAUCCAGUGCUUUUCAAGCUGCACUGGCUCCCGGUGGAGUACAGGGUCAGAUUUAAGGUGCUGGUUUCGACCUUUAAAGCCCUUCACGGCCUAGGACCCUCGUACCUACGGGACCGCCUCUCCCGGUAUGCCCCACGGAGAGCCUCAAGGUCCAUAAAUAGCAACACCCUAGUGGUCCUGGGCCCUCAGGCAGUUAGAUUAGCCUCAACCAGAGCCAGGGCCUUUUCAACUCUGGCUCCGGCCUGGUGGAAUGCUCUGCCUCAUGAGACCAGGGCCCUGCAGGAUCUGAUUUCUUUCCACAGGGCUUGUAAGACAGAGUUGUUCCGCCUGGCCUUUAGCUUGGAGCCAAUUUGAUUCCCUCCCUCUCUUUCUUUUUUCUUUUCCUUCUCCUCCUGCGAGGAGGCUACAUUUUAAUAUUUUAAUGUUUCAAUAUUUUAAUGUUGUAUUUUAAUUUUGUUUUUAAGUUGUAAUCAUUCAACUUGUUUUUAUUAUUGCUUGUAAGCCGCUCUGAGCCCGGCCUUGGCUGGGGAGGGCGGGGUAUAAAUAAAAAUUAUUAUUAUUAUUAUUAUUAUUAUUAUUAUUAUUAUUAUUAAGUUCCAUAGAAUAUGCAGAGCCCCAGUCUCCCUUAAUUCAUAAGCAAUUCUCAGAGCUUGGGCAAUCCUUUCCUUACAGGAUGCUAUACUACAGUUUUCUUUAUUGAAGUAGUUCCUAUUACUCCUGAAUGCAUUUUCUUUCAUUUCACAUGACUCCCCAGCAGGCUCCACAACUCUAGUUUCUCCUCUUACUGUUCCCUUCACCUCUUGUCUUUGCCUCCUCUGAGGCAAGGGCAAUUUUCCUGUAUUCCUUUCUGUUCCUCUUAAUUUCCAGCUCUCCUCUGUCCACCUUCUUCCUUUUGUGACCAGUUUCCUGUACUCCAGAAGUACUUCUUUUACCCGGCUACCUAUCCUCUGAGGCUUCUAGUCUGCAAUGGCCAGUUGCCUCUCCUGCCGUCCGCUUCCAGACAGGCGACAGAGAAGCAACACAGCUGUAUCAAGUGCCACACUGCCUUGACCCAUGCCUUUAUUGCAUUGUUGGCUGCUGAUUACUGCUUUCACCGUAGAGAAAUACAGUACCCAGACAUGCCUCCCAGGAAUUUGCCCACUGGUGUGCUAGAAAAAGGUGGGCUUCAUAUUUCUGAGAGUCCCAAAUACAUUUUCCAAUGUUUGUAGUACAAGUCAGUGAGAUGUUGUCACACAGAUGUGAAAAAUACACUGGUGUCGGUCAUGAACCUGCAGUUAGGAUUGGCUGUUGCAGGUGGGGAACCUCUGGCACUCCAGAUGUUGGACUCCCAUCAUUCCUUGUUUUGUUGUUUUGUUUGAACAACUGUUUUUAUUGGUUUUCUUUGUAAUUCCCGUUACAAACUCCUAACUGGUCUUAGUUGUUGUCCAACAACAUUUGGAAAGGAACUCCAUCGCUGGGCUAUUUGGUUUAGAUGUAACAACAAACCAUAGCUUGCAUCCUGGCUUAUUAAUGAGGUUUGGGUGAAAGUGGGUAACUUCUGUCUAGAACACAGCAGAAAUGGAAGCUUUCAAUAUCCUCACCUUGCAUCUGAACAGGAGAGAGGGCAUGAGCCUGAGACUUGUGCCAGAUUGUGUUUGUCAUGUCUUUCAUGCCGCUGUUUUUAAACAAAGGCAGCCAUUAAUACAGCUUUUCUAUGUUUAUUCUUCAGUACUUGCAAACACUUCAUUUACAGUCAUGUGACCUGCUGGAUGUUUUUUGUGGGAUCAGCUUCUUCCCAUUGGAUAAAAUGACUUACUUGAAAAUCCAGUCAUUCAUCAAUAAGAUGGAAGAAAGUUUGAGCAUAGUCAAAUAUACUGCCUUUCUCUACAAUGAUCAGCUUAUCUGGUAGGUACCUGAGUGAAUAGAUGCCUCAAAUCCAUCCCCCUCAAAGACACCUAGUUUUGUAUAUCCAAUAAUUUGCGAAAAGCCAAGUUACAGGGAACCAGGCAGAGGGCCUUCUCUGUAGUGGCGCCCUCCCUGUGGAACGCCCUCCCGCCAGAUGUCAAAGAGAACAACAACUACCAGACUUUUAGAAGACAUCUGAAGGCAGCCCUAUUUAGGGAAGCUUUUAAUGUUUGAUGUAUUAUGGUAUUUUAAUAUUUUUUGGGAAGCUACCCAAAGCAGUCCAAAGCAGUCCAGGAGGCUUUGACAUCAACUAUUCCACGUUGAAAUCAGUAGUGCAGAGGAGGAAGGGAAAAUGUGGUUUCUAUUGAACCUUAGUCAUGCUUGCACUGAAGUAAAAAAAAAAAAAAAGUUCAUUGAUUUCAAUGGGUCUUCUCCGAGUACAACUAACAUGGGAUAUCAUCCUCAGUCUCUGAGGAUCUUGAUAAUAAUUAGUCCAUUGAGGCAUUAAAAAUGUCAUUCUUCAGAGUCUUCAAUUUUGAAGUAAAAGAUAUGAAGGUGUGUAAAUAAAUAAAGGAACCCGAAAAUUGGAACGGCGGCAUGUUUUCCAGCAAUUCACAGCUCCCUUUUGCCAUCAUGACUUCACUGAUAUGAAAUGUUGCAUUUUAAAAAGAAACAAAGAAAUGUCUACAGUUUGCAGCAUCCUUGUAACUUAAACCUGGCAGUUCCCCUUCAGCUGCGUUUCUUUUCAGGGUGUUUAUUGACACGGCACAGCUGCACCAAGCAUCCAGUUUCAUUUGAGAGUCGCAGUUCAAGGGUUUCCUAUUCAAAAGUGAUUAAGGAGUCAAGAACUAAUGUGCUCCAAGCCUAGACAAGAAGUAAUCUACGUAUGACUGCAUAAAAUAAUUAAAUCAGAUUAGGGUUUCCUGGGUUUGUUUUUCUUCCUCUCCCUUUUUCACUUCUUCCCUUUUACAGUAAGCUUAUGUUAGGAGUUCCACAGUAAUUCAUUCGAAAACUUACCAGAGCAACUAAAUCGUGUGGGCAUGCUUUGUACAUUACAGUGAGAAAUAGGGAAGGAGAACUCCUGCCAUUGGGAGUCAGCUAAGCCCCAGACUCACAUCAGAAACUUAGGACCAAAGCCAAGUUUGUUUUUCAAGUUUCUAGGUCAUAUGCCUACCCAUAAUCUGUUUAUAAACCAAGGUUGAGACUUUAUCAGUGCUUGUGUGUCAAAGCUAGUUAUUAAAUCUAGUGGUGCUUUAUAAUUCGGAGACAUUCCUUUAUUUUGGAAGCUUAGUGAAACUGGAAAUGUAGCCAUGCCUUUCAAGUUCGUUGGAACAGAAAGGCAUGAGUCUGCUUUGCAGAACUCUGCCUAAUUCUGCAGAUUCCAGUGCUCACUCUAUGGUUUAUAUUCAUGAAUCCAAAAUCAUUACACUAAGCUUGGAUGUGUUAGGUGUUCCUGCAAAUUACAUUAGGCAGCCAACAUCUUACCUGUCAUGUUCAUACUGUACAUAAGACACAAGACUCAUGGAUGGUGAGCCUUUGCCUUUGCCAGCUUGUGGGUCUUCUGUGAGCUAUUUCUUUGUGUAGCCUGAUUUCAUUAAUGAUGCUGGGCUGUAGCUCAGUGGCAGGUCACUGUGAGUUCCAUUCAGAAAGUCAGUCAGGCUGCAUCUCUUGAUAAAUGAUCAUAGAACUGGGAAAGAUCCUUUGACUGAGACCUUGGAGAGCUGCUGUUAAUCAGUGGAGAAAGUGCUGGGCAAGAAAUGUAAGCUUGUUUUGACAAGCCUGUGGCAGUUUUAUGUGUAAGCAAUUAACAGUACUUGAAACAGUGGACAGCCUUGUCAUCAUGUGCUAUAAUGUUGUCUUUCUUAACAUUCCAGGAGUGGAUUGGAACAAGAUGACAUGAGAAUUUUAUACAAAUAUCUCACCACAUCCCUGUUUCCAAGGCAUAUAGAACCAGAGGUGAGUCGUGUGGCUUGGCUUACUUAAAUAGGAAACUACUACUAUUUCCUGUUUUUAAAACUGCUCAAUUUUUCUUCUCCUAGGAGUGGGGGGGGGCGGGAAAUUUCCUUAACCAUGCAAUCUCUUUUGUUUCAGUUGGCAGGGAGAGAUUCCCCAAUACAUACAGAAAUGUCCGGAAAUCUACAGCACUAUGGAAGGUAGCAGUUUUACAUCUGUUGUAGUCUUUCUUGUCACUGGGCCAGAGAAUCAAAACCUCCAGGUGUUGUUGGACUACAACUCCCAUAAUCCCUGACCAUUGGCCAUGUUGACUGGGGCUGAUGGGAGUUGGAGCCCAACAGCAUCUGGCGAGCCACAGCUCCCCCUUCCCUGGCUUGAGGCCUUGUUUUUACAAGGUCAGUUAUCCAGAGGUAAUAAUUUAGUUCCUUUCAACCUCUGACUUAUUAACAUAAAUCGGAUGCUGCAGUAAAUUAAAGGCAAGGCAAAGGGUAACUUGGUGGAUUAGUUCAGUUGUGUGUCUCUCCACCUAUAAAAAGGACUGAACCCAUAACAGUUUGAAAUCAGUAUCAAACAAUUCUGAGUUGAACUGUAGUCUGUCCUGCUUAUGCAGCGUCUAUAACUGGCUCAAUGCAAUAUCAAGUGGGCAUGGGCUCAAUUCAGACACAAUGCCAAAUUUUAAUACUAUCUUUUGUAUUUGUAUUGUUCACAAUUUAGAAUUUUACAAUACAAAUACAAAAGAUAUUAAAAUUUGGCAUUGUGUCUGAAUCGAGCCCAUUUUACCUUCUUCUACACUGCCUGGAGAUGACAGGUGGUAUAUAGUGGUUUUUUUACAUAAACAAGAUAAAUAAAGUCCCAUCUUUGCCUUUCAGGUUUCUUACUGGACCGUUGAACCUGAAUGAUCCAGAAGCGAAAUGUAGAUUCCCCAAAAUAUUUGUAAACACAGAGGAUACUUACGAAGAGCUUCAUUUAAUUGUUUAUAAGGUAAACCUUGCACCUUUCCCUGUUCACUGAAAAAUAAAGUUGUACUCCAAUUCUGUAAUUAGGUACAUAUGUAGAAAUCUUGCUCUGAGUGAAAGAGUUCAGCUUCUCUCAUUUCCUGGGCGAUAUGAUCUAUAGAGCUGGGGAAGAACCCCGAAAUUGUUUCCGGUUAUGUCUGUCUGUCAGAGCCUUUGUAAGGCCGCAGUCCUGUGCCAACUUACUUUGAAGUAAAUUCACUAAAAUCAGAAGUAUUUCUAAGCAUGCAUAAAAUUUGACUGCAGCUCUUGUGUCAUCAUGCACUGCAGUACUGUUUUGGGAAACACAGAAAAGCCCCAAGUUAACCAUAACAAUUAGCAAUGAGAGUAGCCAGCUGUCAUUCAUAUUUCAGGAGAGGAGCAUUUUAAUGACACCGGGCUUUGGAGAUUUAUAAUUCCAGCAGAUAAUGUAUAAGUCACAGCUUGCUGCAAAGAACUGUGAGAGCUCUCUGAGGAUGCAAAGAACUCGAACCCAUGGGUAGCCAAUGUGGGGCUCUCUGGGUGCUGUUGAACUGCAACUUCCAUCUCCCCGCCCCCCCGGCCGUUUUUUUUUGAGGAGCUGUGGCUACAAGUGACUACCAGCUAUCUCAUGCACAAAAAUUAUGCUUUGACAGUUGGUUAUGCCGGCUGGGGCUAGUGGGAAUUGUUGUUGCAGUAUGUGGAGGGCAGCACGUUGGCCACCCCUGCUCUAACGCAGCUCAGAGUUCAUUUCAGAUCAUGCAGGAACCAAAGUGUAAUGCUAGGGUACCGUAUUGGCCCAAAUAUAAGCCACACGUUUUUUCCAAAUUCCAACCGUGAAAAGUUAAAGUGCGACUUAUAUUCACAACCUUACAAAAAGCCUGAUAUCGCUGCUGAAACAGACAUACAGUGAACCCCACCCCCUUAACUCUUUAACUCCUGCUGAAGCCCUGGUGAGCGGGGGUGGCGGGUGGCCUCCAGUGCCGCCACUUCUUGCCCAGUCUGCCCCUGCCACUGUUAGGGAGCGGGGGGUGUCUCCCUACACAAACUCCCCCCCAGCUGCACCAUGUACAGCUGGUGCAUCAGGGGAGUGUCGGGGCGCCUUCGGCAGCCCCCCAUCAUUUCCCAGUGCGCCAUGCAAUUCUUUCCUCAGACCACGUGGUUGCCACCAAUUUUAAGGGAGUGGCUUAUAUUCGGGUAUUGUCUUCUUUUUCUUUUGCCCCCUUGAAUUUUAAAUGUGUGGCUUAUAUUCAUGUGUGGCUUAUAUUCAGGCCAAUACGGUAUAUAUUUUGCAGUUCAUAUGAAUCUAAGAUCCUGGGCCUGGGAAAGCUGAGGCUUGUAGGUGUGAGACCCAUUGUCAGUCAGAGGUCAGAGAUAGCAGACUAGAUGACACUCCUCUUCUUCCACCCCUGUCAGAUCUUCAUAGGUUUGGGUCUUAACCAGGGAUGGGGAAACUGUGGCCCUCCUGAUAUUGUGGGAUUCCAGUUUUUAAAAAAUCUGAUCUUUGGCUAUGCUGGCUGGUAUGGAUGGGAACUGGGAGUCCAACUGUAUAAGGAAGGCUGCAAGUCUUCCAGAAGUCAUGGUCUAAAAUAUCUCCAUGUCCCAUGGGAGCUUCCCCAGAAUUACGAAUUUAGGAAAGUACAGCAACAUUCUUGAACAGAGCUUAACUCCCAAUAGUCAAGUGUAUCCAUGAGACAGAAAACGGAUUAUGAUAAAUUUAUUCUUCCUUGCAGGCUAUGAGUGCAGCUGUCUGCUUUAUGAUUGAUGGUGAGUAUCAAGUAAUAUUCUUUGAAACAGCUAUGGAAUUUUUAAGUCUUCUUGUUUUUGACAAAUCCUGACAUUUGAGCAUUAUCCAUGGUUAUUUGGGCAUUAACUGUAACGGUAUGUUGCUGUAUGUAGUUUUACCAGCAUCUUAUAAUGAAAAUAUUUUUACUUUUUUUUAACUGUGUCAAGUCAAAAGGGUAAAAUUUCUGUCCACAGUGAUGCUGGCACUCAGCUAAUGAGUCAUCAAAGGGUAAAUAUGGAUAAUGGAGUAGAAGCACAGAGGCAGCCUGAUCCAAUAUAUGUUUACUCAGAAGUAAGAACAACUGAAUUCAGUGAGGAUUGCUUAUAGGAAACUCUGCAGAGUACAGGGAAUUUCAAAAAAUGCUGUAGGUUCUUAAAUAUUCUUAUGCACAGAAUUGUUAGAUCAUCUGAUCUUCCAGCUGUUUCAGUGCUAACAUCACCUCUUGGUCAGGUGGGGCUUCUUAGGUAUGAGUUCUUAUUCUGAAUGUACAGAAUCCCAGUGCCUCAAGUGUAACAAACAGUUGAAUCUGCUCCAUUAUCCUUGUAAAUCAGGGUUGGGGAACGAUUGGCCCUCCCAAAUGUCAUUGAGACUCCAGCUCCCAUCAAGCCCCAGUUAGCAUGGCCAGUGGUUGGGAAGGAUGGGAGUUGUAGUCCAACAACACCUGGAGGUGGACAGAUUGCCUAUUACUGCUGUAAAUAUUGGGUGUGAUCUUCUAAAUGUGAUGUGGUUGUGGCACACAGAAGGGAAGUAUCAUUGGUUGGUUGGUUUGUUUUCCCAAACUGUUUCACAGCCUCUACACAGCCUACGUUGGAUUUUUGCCGUAAACUUGACAGCAUUGUCGGGCCUCAGCUCACAGUAUUGGCUUCAGAUAUAUGUGAACAAUACAACAUCAACAAAAGGAUGUCAGGGUUGGUACUCUCUUUAUUUCUGUUUCACAACAUCAGCUUUUUAACAGGGGCGCAGAUAUUUUAAGAACUGCCUAAAAUAGGAAGCAAAUCAUAUUCAUGGCAACAUAUUGAAAAUUCUGUGUUAUUUUUAAGUUUCGAAACUUUCCCUCCCCCUGAUCUUCAGCUGACAAAGGCCCCCGGAACCCUUGUCACAAUGUGGAAAAAGACAGUCCCUUUGCAUUUUAUCCCCAAAUAACUUAGCGCCUCCAAUUUGUUAGUCCUUAUCCAGAAGCCUUCUCUGUCUGUCUGAAGAGACAAACUGUAUACAAUGAAGAAUGUAUACAGCACAACAAUUCUAUAAGAUGCCGGUUUUGCAGACAUGGGCAGUAUCUUCAGGGAGGGCCUGCUUACCUCUUUUUCUGUUGCCUUUCGGCUGGCAGCAUGUCUGCUACUAUUUUCUUGGCCACUGCAAUGCAAAGCGAUGCUAUGCAGCAGGUAGCUGGGUCUACCACUAGUGAGCAAGUAAGACAGUUCCUUCACCAGUGGCUACAGCUGGGUGAGGAAAUGCUCUAUAUAAUACAGAGAUCGGAACUGGAUCCUACCCCCUCCCCGGGCCCUGCAGGACAACUCUUGGCAGGUAGAUGAGGGCAGCUGACAACUUGAAAGGGCCUCACCUUCUGAAGUCUGUUUGAAAGUGAUUUCAAUACAAACCACUUGGAAAUGGACUUCAAAGGUGAUGUCUCUCAGCACCCAUCAGCUGGUUGGUGCUGAAAGGCGUCAGUGCAAACUGCUUGGAAAAUGACUUCAAAGUUAUUUUUAUUUUGUUUACUUGGAGCAUUUGUACCCCGCUCUUCAGCCUGAGAGCAGCUCACACGGAAUCAAAACAAGACCCUCCCCACCUACAGGCUUACACUCUUAAUAAGCAAACAAAAAUACAAUACAGUGGUACCUUGGUUCUCAAACAACUUGCAACCCCAGAAGCAAGUGAUUUGAGUGUCACACUUCUGUUUUGAGUGUUACGCUAAGGUCUGUCUGUUUUCACUAUUUAGUUUUUGUUUUUGUGACUGUGUGGAACCCGGUUCAGCUACUGAUUGAUUGUGUGACUGCAGUACAUCGUUUAUUGCUUUCAUUUUAUGGAUUAGUGGUCUCAUUAGAUAGCCAAAUUCAUGUUAAAUUGCUGUUUUAGGGGUUGUUUUUAAAAGUCUGGAAUGGAUUAAUCCAUUCUGCAUUACUUUCUAUCGGAAAGCGCGCUUUGGUUUUGUAAUGGACUUCUGGAACGGAUUAAGUUUGAGAACCAAGGUACCACUGUACAAAGGGGGAAUGGUUGCCCUCAGACAACAGUUAUGCCUUUAGCUGGUGGGGCAUGUGGGUGUGGUUUGGGGGGGAAAUGCCUAGUGGGCCAAAUUAGACCUUUGGGCCAUAGGUUCCCCACCCCCAGUUUAUUACCUUGUGGCAGCGCAGCAUCCUCUUUCCUGUCGUCCUUAUUUCUCAUCCCCUAUAAUAAAUUGGGUCCCCCUGCCUCCCCAGAAAGGAACAGAGAUAAGGAGCCCAUUUAUACAAUUUGUGGCUGUUUUCAGGUUGGAUAGAAGAGGCAUUUCUUUGCAAACUUUGCCCUAGUGUCAAGAAAGAGACCUUGUCCUCCAAGGAUGACAAAAGUAGAUUUGCUUGGUUGGUUUCAUUCUCAUCCCAGGUUUGGAGGCAAAUGGAUGCAAUGCACGGGGAGGGAGCCAGGCCACAGAGGUCUGCACUGCCCCAUCAGGUCUCCUCUCAGGUGUCCUAUCAGGUAUGUUCCCCAGGGAAGCAAAGGAGCCUCAAAAAAAUGGGUAUGGUGUUGCUUCACCCACCCACUCACCCCUGCAUGGUCAAAGCAGUACAGUGGGGCAAGGAGCAUGCAGUUUUCACUGGUGUUUUAUGGCACACAUUGGGAUGUAUGAGGAAUGGGGCUGGGGAGAGAGGUUACAACCUUGCCUCCUAGCCCAUUUCUGAACAACCAGGGUGAUAAAAGGGCUAGCCUUCUCCUAUCCAAUGGCUGUGCUUCCUUGGAGAGACACACAGCUGACUCUGCGGCUCCCUGAGGUUAGGGGAACCUGUUUGAUGGUGAAAAUGAAUGUGCAGCAGAAAUCUGUUCCUGGUAAGGGUCCCUCCAGACUGGUGUUUUGUUGCAGGUUUCUUCCGCAACAUAUUGUCGAGGUUCAGCCAACCUCUUUAAUAAGCCUGAUCUGUUUGCUUAGAGAUGUUGACUAUUUAAUGAGCAUUGAUCCUGAUUUGUUUGUAAAAAGGGUGGGUGGAGGGGCCCUGAGCUCCAGAGCUCUAAAACCUUGAAUCCUUUUAGCCUGCCACUUGUUUAAACUUGCUGCCUGGUGACUCAAGAAGAAAGUUCCUUUUUGGAGGGGGAUAAGGUUAGCUCUUGUUAUUUGCAAUAGAAUGAGAAAGCAGUUGUGCUAAUUCAGUUGGACUAUGCAAGAAGUCACAAGGUAAGGCUCCUUUUUUAAACAGUUAAAACAGUUAACAAUUCUAUUUCCUGAGACCCUUUUCUUCAGAAGCCUCAGGUCAUCCACAUUUCCUCUUGUCCUGCUGCUUUCCUCCGGGGAAAACUGCUCUUUAGUGUUCAGUCAGAGCAAAUGGCAAUUCAGGUUUUCUUCGGAUUGACGAUCACUCCAAUUUAGCACUAAAGAGUGGGUUUUCCCUGGGAAAUGACCAGGGAAACUGUUCAGAGCAUGGGACAAGCAAAAAUGCAGAUAAAUGCACAGUAAUGAGACACCAUUUAAAUUUUAUAAGUAAAAUAUAAACAAACUAUAAGAGAUCUACUGACCAAACAACUAUCCCAGCUUCUGUGACUCAAGGGGCUUGUCGCAAACAUAUUCUCUGAAAGCUGGGGCCACUAAUAGUGUGAAAGCAAGUGAUUAACUGGGGAUGUUGGCAGGAGGCUUAAAAUAUUAGGAAACCAGAAGGCUGUAGUUAAUACUGUGGUUUCAUACUUACCUUCCCAAACCUUAAGUUCUUCUUCACAGGGCUGCUUUGAGUGCCCCCAUCAAACGAAGUGAAGUCAGUAACCACUAGGGUGGGGGCCUUUUUUGUCUCUUAGCUGCUUGUUACUGCUAUUGAUUACAUCACAUUUUCAUGCGCUGGGAGGUCAGGAAAAUUGCCCAGGGAACAUCUUGUGCUUUCUGGCUAUGACCUUUUGUGUUCAGCACAUCAGAAAACCUACAGCCAGCCCUUAUGACUUCUGGGAUCUUAAAAGACAGAUAAACUUCCGUUUAAAAAGCAAAAAAAGUCAAACCUUGGGGCUCCUAUAAAGACUUUGGAGCCAUGCGCACAUGCCCAGGAACCUUUUUCCUGCUCCGUUUCUGAGCUGCUUUUCAGUCUUGUAGCAAAACCCCAACAUUUAUGGUGUCUACUGACUUUUAAGAGAUUCAGCCACAGUUUAAAGUUACGUGUGUGUGUGUGUUUAGUCAGCUUAUUUGUCCCUGGGGACAUAUGUUGCUCAUCAUCUUAAAAAAACCCACUGUUGAAUCUAUCAAAGCUGCCAGUUAUGCUUGUAACUGGACCAAACUGCUCGUUUUUUUUUUAAUGGUGCUGGCAGAUGAAAGUGAUGGAAGCUUAUCUGAUUAAGCCUGCCUUAAACUUUGAUGUGGUGGCAUCCUGAGAACCUGUUGCAGCGUCUCUUAGUGCUAAUACAGCUGGGUUGAUCUCGUACGGAGCAAGUUAACCAGCUUUAGUUUGAGGUGUCAUGUGACAUUUAUUGCAAGGGGAAGCACCAAGCUGCAAAUGUCAAAAUACAUUUGAUUUUCCAGAAUCGUAGACAACAGCAUCAACCCUAGUAUCUGUAGAGUUUAGAAUGAUCAAACUGACCAGCUCUUGAUCUGACAUGUGUUUCUCAGAUUGCAGUAAAUGUGUAAAAGCCAGGGGGUGGGGUGGGACGGGACAGGAAAAAGCGAGGGCUUUUUUUUUUAUCAUCUUCAAUUUUUCAGAAACAAAUAAGGGGGGGGGAAACCAGAUAAUUUUUUUCAUUCCCCCCUCCCCAGGCCUGUAAAUCUCUUAAUUACAGGUGCAUUUUGUGGUUCAAAGUGCAGUCUGUUUGUAUUAUAUUUUUAAAACUUUAAACAAACUUCUAUGUAGUUUUGCUUAGCAAAUGUUGACCUGUUGAAUUUGGAGCAAGCAGCCAUCAGCAGAUCUUAGCUGGGAUGUGACUGCAAUGCAAUGAGGGAGCAGAUAUGCUUUGCAUGCAGAGGGGCCUUAUUUAAUACCUGGCAUCUCUAGUGAAUAGAAUCAGGCAGCAGGUGAUGUUGAAUACCUCUGCCUGAAAUUGCGGAGAGCUGUUGUAAGUCAAAGUCGACAGUGCUGGGCUAGACAUGAUACAAGGCUCUCCAUGGCUUUCCUAACCUUUCUCCAGAAUAUUGAACCAUUUCCUGACCUCGGUCUGCUGAACAAGAACAAAUGCUUCUUGGACUAUAGCAGGGGUGGAGAACCUUUUUAGUCCAGCAGGCUACCUCUUUAUCUCCCCAUCUCUGCAGGCCAUGAUGAUGUCAGGUGGCUGAUAGGUAAGCAAUCCCACCUACCUGUCAAAGUCAACCCACGGGGCAGGGGAGCAGUUUUGCUUCACCAGUGUGGAUUGAACACUCUGCUCACCAGCUGAUGAGUAGAGGGUUCAGUCUGGCUGGCUGCAGGGGUCUGCUUCACCAAGGGAAUGCAGUGGCAAAGUGGCAGGAUCAAAGCUCUCCCCCCCCCCCGGUGAUGUCAGCAGAUGGACAGCUAGAUGUUGUUUUAGGACAGGGAACGCCUUGCAGGGCAACCUGAAUUUUAGGGUCUUCUAGCCAAAAGAAAACAUUCCCCCCAAUUUCAUCUGGGGUAGCCUUCCUCAACUUGGUGCCCUCCAGGUGUUGCUGGACUAUAACAUCUGCCACACGCAACCACUGGCCAUGCUGGCCCUCCUGAUAUUUUAGAUUACACCAGGUUGGGGAAGGGCUGUCGGUCAAGCUGAUCUCCCAACUUUGGUAGCUUGGUCAGGGCCAAGCUGAGGACCUCACUAGAAAUGUAUCACAAAAUGUGAAUGUAUCACCAAAUGUAUCACCAAACUGGGAGGGGUGGCUAACACCCCAGAGGACAGGAUCACACUUCAAAACGACCUUGACAGAUUAGAGAACUGGGCAAAAACAAACAAGAUGAAUUUUAACAGGGAGAAAUGUAAAGUAUUGCACUUGGGCAAAAAAAUGAGAGGCACAAAUACAAGAUGGGUGACAUCUGGCUUGAGAGCAGUACAUGUGAAAAGGAUCUAGGAGUCUUGGUUGACCACAAACUUGACAUGAGCCAACAGUGUGACGCGGCAGCUAAAAAAGCCAAUGCAAUUCUGGGCUGCAUCAAUAGGAGUAUAGCAUCUAGAUCAAGGGAAGUAAUAGUGCCACUGUAUUCUGCUCUGGUCAGACCUCACCUGGGGUACUGUGUCCAGUUCUGGGCACCACAGUUCAAGGACACUGACAAACUGGAACGUGUCCAGAGGAGGGCAACCAAAAUGGUCAAAGGCCUGGAAACGAUGCCUUAUGAGGAACGGCUAAGGGAGCUGGGCAUGUUUAGCCUGGAGAAGAGGAGGUUAAGGGGUGAUAUGAUAGCCAUGUUCAAAUAUAUAAAAGGAUGUCACAUAGAGGAGGGAGAAAGGUUGUUUUCUGCUGCUCCAGAGAAGCGGACACGGAGCAAUGGAUCCAAACUACAAGAAAGAAGAUUCCACCUAAACAUUAGGAAGAACUUCCUGACAGUAAGAGCUGUUCGACAGUGGAAUUUGCUGCCAAGGAGUGUGGUGGAGUCUCCUUCUUUGGAGGUCUUUAAGCAGAGGCUUGACAACCAUAUGUCAGGAGUGCUCUGGUGGUGUUUCCUGCUUGGCAGGGGGUUGGACUCGAUGGCCCUUGUGGUCUCUUCCAACUCUAUGAUUCUAUGAUUCUAUGAAUGCCUCAUGUUCUCUGGUGUUGCACUGCAGCACCAGACUUCUUGUCUCUUUUUGUUUCUGGCUCAGCAGUUCUCAGGAUCAGCGCUUUAGCCUUUCUGAAUUCCCUGAUUCUGAAGUGGCAUUAGCAAACCGUAGACAUCACUCCACAGUCUGACAGCUGCUAAUAUUUUAAUGGCUCCUGGGAACAAUUUUUCGAUCCUGACUUAAAAAUUAAAGCAUAUGGCAAUAUGGUAGUAAGCCACUCUAGAUAGACGUUCAACUCUCUUUGCAAAAAUGGCCUUCCUCUUGCUUAUUUGACCACUUCCUUCUUUGUUUCCUAGGUCGGAGAAGGAACCUCAAUUUAAAUUUAUCUAUUUCAAUCACAUGAACCUAGCAGAGAAAAGUACAAUUCACUUGAGGAGAACGCCCAAUAUCUCGCUCACGUCGGUUCAUCCUGACUUGAUGAAGAUUCUUGGUGAUAUCAACAGUGACUUCACCAGGUGACGUAGCAUUCUUCCCUGCCUUUGUUAAAAUCUGAAUAUCAUUCAGUUUGCAUAGUUAGAUCUGGCAGUGCAUACUUGGAAGCAAUUUUCUUCUUCCUUAGCUGUAAUGCUGUAGUCAAAGUAAUACACCAGGAGUGUAAAUCUCCGUAGUAUGAUAAUAGUUAUAAAUCUCACUACUACUAAAGAUUCUGAGUGAGUAAUGUUUCCUUAUCUUGUUCAUCCUCAGAAGAAGAAAAAACACCUGUAAAGUCCUAUCAUUAUAUUAUUAGCUCUUUUUACAGAUAGGGAAAGUGAGGCAGGGAGUGAAGGAAUUUCUAAAAUCAAACCAGUAGAUUUAUGGUGAGGUGAGAUUUGAACAGAGGUCUCCCAGAUCCAGGCUCAGCACAUUGUCAGAUAGACUACAUUGGCUAAAUACAUGCAUACAUACAUAUCACAACUGGAGAAUUUUAGAUAGAAUUUGUGUGGUGCCGCAGAAUUGAACAGGCAAAUUUCUUUUAGGAGGUGAAGCUGUGUAAUGUUUUUUGCAGUCCCAGGAAUUGAAGCUGCUAGAUACUAAUAUUAGCAAAUUCUCCAGGAAUUCUGUGUCAGUGUGGUACAGAUCCUACCACAGAUAUAAGAAUUACUUAAUCUAUAAGACUUGAGGAAAACCUAAAACAAUAAACCAAAGCUCGAUCCACUUGCGAUGUUUAAAAUCUGCUUUAUAUGUUAGUUACUGUUUUUGCUUUGUUUUAUUCCUUUGUUACUUAUUUGAGGCCUCCUAAGAUUUGCACAUACCAACUUCUUCCUUUUAGGGUUGAUGAUGAUGAGGAAAUCAUAGUGAAAGCAAUGAGUGACUACUGGAUUGUUGGCAAGAAAUCUGAUCAGCGGGAGCUCUAUGUAAUUUUGAAUCAGAAAAAUGCAAACCUGAUUGAAGUGAAUGGUAAGAAACUUUUUUUAAAGUGUGUAUUUUUAGUUUUACCACUUUUAAGUGUUAUUAAAACACUUUCAUUACUUAUAUGUAGAAUUCAUUAUAUUUUACAAAACAUAAGGGGACAGCUUUCUGUCCCAAGGAGCUUACAGUUUAAAUUUGACACAGGGGAGGGAAACUGCAGCAGAGCUACACAGGAAUAGAGUAGUCAUUUAUUUCAACUAUCACCUCCUGGUAAAUAGAAGGGGAAGAAAUGGAGGCAAUGAGAGAUUGUACUUUCUUGGGCUCCAUGAUCACUGCAGAUGGUGACAGCAGUCACAAAAUUAAAAGAUGCCUGCUUCUUGGGAGAAAAGCAAUGACAAACCUAGGCAGCAUCUUAAAAAGCAGGUCCGUAUAGUUAAAGCUAUGUUUUUCCCAGUAGUGAUGUAUGGAAAUGAGAGCUGGACCAUAAAGAAGGCUGAUCGCCAAAGAAUUGAUGCUUUUGUAUUAGGGUGCUGGGGGAGACUCUUGAGAGUCCCAUGGACACUUCUUGCAUUACAAUGGUGCAUGGAGAGGAAGGGGUUAUGCAGAAGGCUUUUAGAUUUUAUUCUGUCAACAGUGAUGUUUAAAUUUAAGCUGAACCUUUCAGAAAGCCACCUGUGUGGCUUUCCAGUGACAUGAUCUGUAAAUGACUACAAAACAUUUACGGAUCACGUCACUAGAAAGCCACACAGGAUCAAUUUGUAGCUUGUAAUUAGUGCCAUACUUCUAAGUCUUAAAAUAAUAUUUCCUCUUUUUUUUUUUCCCUCAGAAGAAGUAAAGAAACUUUGUGCAACACAGUUCAACAAUAUAUUCUUCUUGGAUUGAUCAGCUGGGGGCUAACUCUUUUGAAGAUGGCUUUAAAAUAUCCUGAAAGAAUUCUGGUUUUCUGUGACAGGUUAUUAGUCAUAUUACUGACUGGAAUAAUGACAGUAGUAGAGCAAUACUUGCUUUGUAAGAAUCAAAUUUCUACUAAAACUCUACAUUCUGAUCAUAUGGUUUUUAGAUUUUAAAGUAUUUAUGUGCAAAUGAAUUAAAAUUAGUCUGAAUUAAACAAGUGUCAUUCCAUUUCUCAGAUAAUAUUAUGUGAAUAUUUUACUGGAAAAAUAAAAUUAGUCAUUGUUACAAUUUU